GGCCUACCAUCAUUGAGAACUAAGAGUCAGUGAGGAGAUCGAAAACUGCAGCAGAAAGUAGCGGGAGCCUUCAGCACUGUGACGACCAUGGCGGCGAAGCGACUCCAGCCAAUAUCAACCUCCCUUCUCACCUCUUUCACCACCAGGCCUUGCUGCCUAUACUCCGCCCUCCGCGCCCUCGUGUCAUCCGCGCCCUCUCAAGGCUCUUCUAACCGCACCUUCUCCACCACCCCCAGCAGGCAAGACUGGCUCUCCCCCAAAGCCGGCGAAUCCGACAAAGCGCGCAAAGGCCGCCCGCGUGUCCCAACAGGUGGCAGCACACGCGGCACCACUCUCGUCUGGGGCGACUACGGCCUGCGCCUCCUCUCCCACGACCGCCGCAUCUCCGCCUCCCAACUCAAAACCGCCGAUGCCACCAUUCGCCAACGUCUGCGCGGGAUGAAAUACCGCCUCUAUCACCGCGUCUCCGCCACCAUCGGCGUUUACACGAGCGGAAACGACCAGCGAAUGGGGAAGGGAAAGGGCAGUUUCGAUCAUUGGUCUGCGCGGGUUGCGGUGAGUAAAGUCGUGUUUGAGUUGAAGGGGGAGGUGCAUGAGGCUGUUGUGCGGGACGCGAUGAGGUUGGCUGGGAACAAGUUGCCGGGCCAGUGGGAGUUUGUGCGGAAGGGCGAUCCGCCGGUGAUGGGGAUUACGAAGGUUAGGGAUCAGGAGAUGGAGGCGUUUCUGAGGAGGCCGAGGUUGGAGAAGAGUGUGCCUAUGCCGAAUAUGGAGGGGACGGCGAGGAGGAUGCCGGCGACCAGUCCGCCUUGAUCUCGAUAUUCACACAUUGAACGUCAAUUGUGUUACUGACGCUUCCAACCGAGACCGCGAGCAUGGCCAUCUCCCCUUGCACAAAACGCACUUCCUCGGCAGGCUCGCCUAGUCAUGCGUCUCCUCCUGAUCGUUGCAGC